AUUAACAUUGUUACUCUGUGGUCAUUCUGCAACUGUCAGCAGUGACAGUUGAAUUUUGUCUAUGGUCAGCUGUCACUUUCUAGUUCAGCAGCAAUAUUUACGUCUGCAUCUUACGUAAAUUUUAGGUUCAAAAAUUUUAAGAAUACGUCGAAAUGUUGCGUAAUAUUUUGGUAUCGCAGAGCUCGCAAAAUGUCAUUGGUAAUCUGAAGAAUUGCCAAGGGGCCAUCGGAAGUGUGAUAUCAAUUAGGAACCAAUCGACGCAGCCACAAGUCCAGAAAGAUCAGAAUGUACCCCCAGAACAACAGGAGUAUAAAAAAUAUUCCCCUUUUCAAGUGCCGCGGUCGAACUUGGCCGAAUUUGCCUUGGCCAGAUUGGACGAUUUGUUGAAUUGGGGAAGGAAAAGUUCUAUAUGGCCCAUGACUUUCGGGUUAGCUUGUUGCGCUGUAGAAAUGAUGCACUUUGCUGCACCUAGAUAUGAUAUGGAUAGGUUCGGUGUAGUGUUUCGAGCCUCUCCAAGACAGUCUGAUGUGAUAAUAGUUGCUGGAACACUUACAAAUAAGAUGGCACCAGCAUUGAGAAAAAUUUAUGAUCAAAUGCCUGAACCACGAUGGGUUAUCUCAAUGGGCAGUUGCGCUAACGGUGGAGGUUAUUAUCAUUAUUCGUACUCAGUUGUCAGGGGUUGUGAUAGAAUCAUACCUGUGGAUAUAUAUGUUCCAGGGUGUCCACCAACUGCUGAAGCCCUAUUGUAUGGUAUAUUACAAUUACAGAAAAAAGUUAAAAGAUAUAAUUCUGUCCAAAUGUGGUAUCGUAAGUAAUUGAAUAAUGAGAUAGGUGGAAAAUUAAACAUCAGAAAGAAUAAAUGUAAAUAGGUUUGAUCUUUAAGUUAUAAGUGUUUCUAUAACUCCCAAUAAGUUGAUCCAAUAAAAAGAUUGAAGAGA